AUGUAAAUAAAGUGUCUUUAUUUAUUAGCUAAUUUUAACGUUAUAAAGUUUCAAGAUGAUUGUGGAGAAAUCAAAUUUGGCAUUCUCAAGACUUUGAAAUCAGUAAAUUAUGAUUAACUUGGAAAAGAGAUGGAAGUUAUAUACUAAAAUGACAAAACACUUACAAAGUUAUUAUCAAACAUUGAGAAGAAAGGAGGACCUAAAAUUUAGAUUCUUUAUGAAAGUCAAUAAUAAACACAUUAAAUUAUUGAUGAUAAUUUAAGAGGUGCUGUUUAAUUAGAUUAUACUAAUAAUGAUUCAAUUAAAAUUGAUGAACCAAAAAAAGUUACAUGGAAGAAGAUUUUGUUAACUUUAUUUUUCUAAAUUGUUUUAAUUUGUAAUUUAUACAUUAGUUAAACAUGGCAUUUAGUAUAAGUUAUCUUAUUUGCAUUUAUAUGUUUAAGAUAAAUAUUAGUAUUGUCAAAGUUAAAAAUAAAAGAAUUAGAAAUUUCAUUAGAGUUAAGACAAAUUUUAAUAUGGAAUUCCUUUGUGUUUUUACCUUUAAUUUCUUUAUUUAUGUUAAACUUUAUAAUAUAAAGUAUCGCUUUAAUAGUAAAUACAGUUGCUUAAGUCAUCUCACUUAUGAUCACACUUAAAUAUUACUAAGCAUGUUAUGAGUAAUUUGUAUCUUAUAUAUAUAUUAGGCAUAUUCAUAUAGUAUCUUUUUAUAUACUUUUAUUGGCCACUAUUCUUUGUUUUAUUUGA